CCACCUACCGCACAACAUGAAGUUCUUCUUGGUCGCCGCUGUUCUGGCUCUUGCCGCCGCCGACAACACCCCCAGCUACGGGGCCCCGGUCCACCAUCAGACCAGCUACGCCCCGGCCCCGGCUCACCGCCAGGCCAGCUACGCCCCGGCCCACCAGCAGAGCUACGACCAGCCGCCAGUGUAUGACUUCAACUAUGACGUCCACGGCUAUGGAGACUACGAGCCGCAGUUCAACGCCCAGGAGGGCCGUGAUGGCUACAGCACCCAGGGCUCUUACUCUGUUGUCCUUCCCGACGGCCGUACCCAGAAGGUGACCUACACCGUGGCCGAUGCCUACUCCGGCUACGUCGCUGACGUCACGUACGAGGGUGAGGCCCGUUACGACCAGGCCUACGCCCGCCCCUCUUACCACCCGCAGCCCAGCUACAAGCCCGCCCACAAGCCGGCUGCUUCCCACUAUUAGAAAGCAAGCUCCAACCAUGAAGACAGGAUAACUGUCGUAUGGGUGUGAAGAUAAACUAGCCGUAUGUAUUUAUAGGAUGGCUGUUAUCGAAUAAAUCCCGCAAUGUUCUAUGACAUUUUUACACGGAAAACACAUGUUGUAAAGACCAUUAUCUGCCCUGGUUAAAAUGAAUAACACUAAAAGCUCACACGAUUGAUGCAGAGAAUCUCAAGAGAUCCAACUUCAGUAUAAGUCUAAGUGCUGCUGCAACGCAUCUUACAAGCUGAAAACGUGUAGUUUAAAGCCAACCGUCCCUUUAUACCUUUAAAAAUAGUUCACAUAGCAUGCAUUUAAGCUUGAUGCUUAAUGCGUAUUUAACUUUCAGUGCCUGCCGACCUUCCGAGUGAAGUUUUCUGAAACAUAUUUGGGUUUCAAGUUCCAGAUCGAGUAACUAUUUGGGGACUUAUUGUUUAGUUCCAUUAAUUGACAAUAUACAUGGCUUUGGUACACGUAUCCCUUCAUUAACAGAUCAUACAAACGUGGUUUUGUUCGAUUUACGAGAUAUCCCGGGAUAAGUGAUGCCAUUCGGAGACUGACAAUUUAGGACACCAAAAACCGAAGGGGACCCAUUAGGUUGGCAGUCAGUCGUUGGUGAAAUUUUCCGUUAGUUUUGAACAAGCCGAUUUUGAAUAUUGGAUGAAAGUGUAUUAAAGUAUGUUUAAAUUUUACAAAUAAGUGAGCAACAGGUAAAUGUUCAACUACUUCCAGGUGGUCUUUUGACUCAAGUAUAUGUUUAACACACGGCUGAUGGGUCAUGGCAUCGGAUAAAAUAAAGCAACAUGGUGGCACAUGGUCAAAACUUAAAGUGAAAGCUGGGCAGCCGUAAUGUGAAUAAAAACAAUCCCAGCGUUGUAUGCGGCACCACUGAUGGAAAAGACAAUGAAUAGCAGAUAGGUGAUACGAAGUAUUCUACAAAAAAUCAAUAAAAUACAAAGUUACAUGAUGGUUACAAGUUGCAUGAAAUGCAGCCAUGAUAGGCGGGUGCACGAAACGGCUUCCCACAGGUAGCUCGCGAGGCGCUGACGCUGACGUCCGGAUCUGGACGUGGCACGUGCCAGAAUGGCCGUUUUGAGCACAAUCAGUUUUGCACGAGCAGCCUGAGCAUGUGACGCACGAUAAAGCAAACGAGCGACCGUUCGAAACCGUGGCCACAUCUCGGUAACCAGGGGUCGGAGCGACAACAAACUGUCACGUCCCUAUGGGCGAUCGAACGGGAAAUCGGGUCGUGUCACGUGUGCAUUUGCACGUCCCGUGCCAAGUGCAACGUGCCACGCACACGAGCGGUCAAGAUAGAUUUGUCGGUUCCUGGUUUUCUGUUGACAAUAUGUGCCACAACACGGCAGCCAGAGCGGGUGGGGACACCAGUCCAAUUUCAAAUUGUCGACCAACGUACCGGCUGCGUAUCAUGAGCCCAAUACGGGUUUGCGCGACGCAGGGCUGCGCCAGCAAUCGUCGGAGAAGCGGAGAAUGUCAGCAUUUCCAAAAACUGUGCUGACAACACGCUGGCGUCGGAAAUGCAGCCAGGUUUGUGCCGAAAUGUACAUCACAGCAUACACUGAUUCAUUUCUUGCAUUUAACACCGAUUUCGUCCUCAUUCUGUGCACGAUCCCGCUCAAACAUCAACUUUACCUGUAGAGUUACAAUUUUCAUUCUCGCACAACCAACAUGCCACUGGUUGAUCGUUCAGUCAUCGCCGCCGAGCAUUUUGAGUGGAACGACCAAACGCGCACGCGGUCGGAAAUGCAUAGUCGGCUUUAGUGGCUUCAUUCGUUGCAGCGAUAACGGUGGGUCAGAGUGACCAUCAAAUGCAUUACUCGAUUGCAUUCUUUGAGACUUGUCAGAAACCAUAAAUAUUCAGUGGAGAAUAAUUUGCAACUGGUGGAUAAAAUUGCUCACAAAACGCAGUCAUUUUUCAGCGAAGCCGACUGCUACGGCAAAACAAUAUUCACACUGGUCUCGCGGGUGCAUUCACAAUGGUCCCGACCAACCACCUCCCAGGUCACACGGGGAUAAAGAGAAAGUGGGGGCGGGGGGGGGGGGGGAGCGAGCGGUUACACAAAGGAUUGCCCUCUGACUGUACGCGAUUCACGGUAUGGCCAAGUCCGAUUCAACGGGUGACGCAGUGGCUACACGCGCUCCAAACCGUUUCCGCCACCACACGCCGUCGCCAUUUCGAGGGGGAGUACACAAAACCAGCGACGGCAGUCCAUGACUCAAGUGUCGCACGGUGACCACAGGUCACGGCGACCCAUCUCUUGCGGUCCUGGUCUCCCGAGCUGAGGUCACACGCCGCACCUGCCCCUCCACUACCCUAGAUAUCAUGCACACAGGCUAGAAAACCAGCUAGCCGUCUGUCACAGCAUAAAAGGCGGGGCACCACCACGGCUGUUGUCAGUUGAUCCCACGCACCCUGCUGCACGACAUGAAGGCAAGUGUUCGGGAUGUGAGACAGUGCACAUGCCAGGCAUGCUCUGGAUACACCUCAAGUUAACGCCACACUUAUUCGCCCCGGCCCCGUAAGUUUUGUUUUGUUUUGUUGUUCGCGUGUUCGCCGAAGUGAAGGAAAAACACUGCCUUUGCCAGAUGACAGUUGGCUGUAAUGCUCUUGUGCAUCAUUUCUCGCAGUGAGCUGCAUGCGGCAACAGUAGGUCUGAAGGACAGGGAAGAUAUACAUUACUUGAUGCGCCCUCUAUUCAUGUCCUCAGGCAGCAAUCGCCCGAAACAUUCAGGACAUGGUGCAUUGCCGUGUGUCCGUUCUUUCGAUAGAAUCAUCGCAUAAACACACAGGGUAACCGCACUUGCGUAUCAGCACUAUGACACGUGCAACAUGUUUCCAGCUCUUCCUGGUUGCUGCUGU